AUCUCAAGGUUUUAACAAUCUACUCCACAAUUUAGAUUCAUAUAUAGUCCCGCUAAAUUCCUCCCCACCACCCUCACCCCCCCCAGCGAAAAAAAAAAUCCACCCGGAAAACAUACCGAAACGAAAACGAAAUCCUAUCGGAAACCAUAAUUCAGACUAAAAUAAAUCCUAAAUAAGUUGCAAUUCCUUAGUGGUUGUGACGGCUAAAGAACUCCAAUUACCGCAUCUGCGCUGCUCCCUUAUUGUGACCGGAAAUCCACCUAGUUUCCCACCAUAAAACUGACUGACGGUCCCUACCAGUGAGUUGAUAAAUACCGAGUGAAAAACUCUGCCGCAGUAACUUCAGCCUAAAGGCAUUACUGUUAUUUCCUUCUCAAUAGUUACCCCCUAUAAAUCCGGCCAAACUGAUUCAAGAUUUGCUGGAACAUCCGCCGACUCCAGGACCAGCCAUGAGUAAAAAAGCUCAGGAUCCUCCUGUCAAGAAGAAUGCCUUUGUGCAUAAGCUCUUCACUAUGCUUAGUGACCCCAAACUAACACAUUUAAUAUGGUGGCUGGGAGCUCCCGAACAUAAUACUUUUGCUUUAUUCCCCGGUAAAGAAUUUGCCGAAGCCCUUACAGGAUAUUUCAAACAUGGCAAUGUUGCUAGUUUUGUUAGACAAUUACACAUGUACGGAUUCCAUAAAGUUAGUGAACCAUCCUCCGCUAAUGCCAUAGAUAAAGAAGCAGCUCCCGUAUGGGAGUUCAAACAUCUGAGUGGGAAAUUCCGUAAAGGAGAUGAAUCCUCAUUAAUUUAUAUAAAGAGACGGUCCAGUUCCAAUAGUUCUCGUAAUAGUUAUAAUGGAGAAAAUAAUCAUCAUCAACAUAUGCAUCACCCUAGCCAAGACUAUGCUUUAACACCUUCACCAACUACUUAUGAUAUGCAUGCUCCUAAUGCUCAGUAUUUCCCUCCACCACCUCAGUACUUGCAAUACUAUGGACCUACAGGUAAUCCCAUCCCUCUACCUCAUCCUCACUCCCACAUGCAACCAGUACCUAUGCCACCACAUACUUUACCACUUCCAAAACAUGAUUCAACCUUAGUACAAGUGCCCUAUUCAUACCCCUACCCACCCCAACCAGUCUAUGCUGCUUACCCACAAUCAUAUCCACCACAAACAUCAUACUUACAACAUGCUCCGCCUCCACACCUUGCACCUCAACAACAACAGUUACCUCCACCACCAGUAGUAGUAAGACCUUCAUCUCCACAAGAUGCAGCACUCUCCCCCUCCACUAAACGUAACCAUUCCGACCCAGUUCACAGUUCUACUGCCCCCACUCCUUCCAUUAAAGUCCAACACUAUUCUCCAAACCUUCAGUUUAGAAAAAUCUGGGAAACUACAAGCUCCAACUCGGCUAGACCUAGAAACCCUUCGUUACUUUAUGAUCCAUUAGCACCAGCUCCAGCACCAGUACCUGUACCGACUGAUCCUCAAGUAUACCGUCCUCAUUAUCAACCAACACCAACCAGUCGUAAUAAUUCCAACACUACUUCUACCUCCUCAUUUUCGAGAGACUCUAUAGACUCUCGACUGUCUAUAAAGUUACCCCCACCAUCAUCCAUUCAUCGGUCUUCUUCAGGAACCAUGGUAUAUGCCAAACCCAAAUCUCCAGAACCAACUAAUGACGAAUCUCCAAUUCCUACUACCCACCCUAGAAGUAUCCCUGCUAACUUUGAAGCAUCUCCAUUAAGUACAUCUGCUCAUCCUCCACUACCAGCAGCUACUGCACCACCAGCACCUUCAGCUCCAACAAUGUCAACUACCUCUUCAUUACCCAGUUCUCCCUCCACCAUAGACGCUAAACGUCCCUCCUUUCCUCCCAAUACUUCGAUAAAGGACCGCCUAAGACCUUCCCUAAUCGAACUCUACUACCCUCCACCUCCACAUAAACCUGCAGACCUUCUGGCAGAUUCCAGUCACAUUCUUAGCCACAAGAACAGCAUCAUUCGUAAUCAAAAUGACUCUAUUGGUUCCCAAUCAUCUCAUAACUCCAUCUUUUCCAAUCAAUCAUCUGUAUCUUCCAUCUCCACCACCACCUUCCAACGAGCUUCAUCGUUUGGAUCUAUUUCCCAUCAUGGUUUAGAAUCUAAUGGAAAGAGUUCAGUCUCAGUAAGUCCUCAUGAUCAAGUGGCCGCUAAGACUUAUGAUGUCUUACCACCAACAGCACAACAACAAACAGACAUAAAGCUUCCCUCCUUCCGCAGCUUAACUCCUCCAUUAAGUUCCAAUGGUCUGAAGAUGGUCCAGCGUAACUCGGCCUCUCAUCGGUCUCUUACUAGUUCUCCCUUAUCGAAGACAAACACAGACCCUUCUAAAAAAGUAUCGGUCGAAUCAUUACUUGAUGAUGGUCAAAGUAAUGGAGUUACUAUCCGGUCUGAUCUCAUUAAAAUAGAAGAGAAUGAGCAUGAUUCAGAUCUCAAGAGAAGACGAUUAUCGUAGCGGUGCCUACCUUCGGAAUUCACUCAUAAUUUACUCACAAUUCACUUCUAAAAUUUCUCAUUGUUAUAUGUUUUAUAUUGUAUUAUUACUAAGAUUAGUGUAU